AGACGUGCCUCCCCUCUGCCUUUGGCAAACGAACGUUCCAUCCCCAAAGGGAAGAGACUUGUGGUUUCAUGAGGCAACUGGCAAGAUGACACUGACAGUGGCAAAAGUCCAACUCCUGAUAAGGAUUUCAGCAGCAGCAAGACACCCUUGGAAGGAUUGCAGCAUCUCUGCUUUCGGGGAGUGGAGCCCAAAAUCUGUCCCCGCUUCCCCCCCCCCCCUUUGUGCUUGCUCUUUCAUCCGUUCCAAGGCAAGCCUGCUUCAUUGUGGGGAAAGAGCGAGGGAGCUGCAGCUCAGUUCAACAGACCGAUUUGGAGAUAUAUAUAUAUAUAUAUUUCCAACAUAUGCAAGCUGACUGCCAAACCUGAAUUGCCAGCAGGGAAAGGGACUAAGCAACUGCUUUAAGUUUCAGCCUGUCUGUGGUGCAGGUUUUUCAAGUCACACACACACACCUGCCUGUCACACACACACUUUCUCUCUCUCUUCCCUCUCUCUCACUCUCUCUCACCCUCAUUCAUACACACUCAUACACAUCUAGGGAUAAAGGUGCUGUCUGAGUUUCCUGCCUCUCUAGGUACCUUCAUUGAGGACCUUGAUUUUCCAGAGAAGAUCUCCUGAGGGCCGGCUCUCUGCUGGCUACACAACGUGUACAAAGCGAAAAUGUCCACGGAAAAGGCUAUCAGAGAAGACCAGGUGGAGAUUUUGGAGUACAACUUCACCAGAAUCAGCAAGAAUCCUGAUCGUGCCACCCUUGACCUCAUCGCUGCUGAGGCAGGACUAUCAGUAGAAGAGGUUCUAGAAUGGUUCAAGAAGCGGCUGGGAGAGUGGAGGAAAUCGGAAGGGCUUCCUUCAGAAUCUAGGUCUGUCAGAGAUUGACUAAAGCCCCCCUUUUGGAGACAUCUGUGGAAAAUGGACAGCAGCUCAGUUAUUGCUUUCUCUAUGGAAUGUUAUUGUCAAAAAUAUUUUUUCCUAUUAUUUAACCUACUGCUUAUUUAAAAUGUAUAUACUAGAGGUGGAAAAUAAGUAUAUGAAAUUAUGCAUACUGAUUGUAAUGCAGACAUUUAUGAAACUUACAAGGAAAAAGCUACAAACUGUGCCUAUUGCAAUUACAGUGAUAACUUAAUGGAGUGGAUCUGGUUUAAUAUUUCUAUUAACUCCAGCAAAAUUAAUAGGAAGGAACAACAGAUUGAAAUAUGCUUUUCUUGUCUACUGUACUGUGAGAAAUAGCUUCAGCACCACAGUCCAGGAAAGCAAUAUCUAAAAUCAGCUGCAUCCAUUAACAUCUUAUAGAAACUAGAUUUUUUUAAAAAGAAGUUUUGGCAUGAUCCAUCAUAUGGUUUUUGUGAAGGCCUUCAUGUGUACACAAAGAAGAGAUCAAGCUCCAUCUUGCCUGAGUCCAAUAUUCAGCUCCUAUGUACACAGAAAACUCACACAAUCCAUUGUGAAUUCAGGGCAGACAUACCAAUGAACACAGUGAAACAACCUUCUGCAAUCUUGAGCGGUGUAUAGUAUCUUGAAUCCCGCUAGUGCAGCUUGGUUGCAGUCAAAUCAUGUAAAGACCCAGCUAGCCAGCAGGUGAAGUACAGGUAGUUCUUGACUUACAAUCUUUCGUUCAGUGGUUGUUCAAAGUUGUAACGGCAUUGAAAAAGGCGAUUUAUGACCAUUUUUCACACUUAUGAUUUUUGUAGCCCUCCAUGGACACUUGGCAACUGGCUCAUAUUUAUGAUGAUUGCGGUGUCCUGGGGUCAUGUGAUCACCUUUCGUGACCUUCUCACAAACAAAGUCGAAGGGGAAGCCAGAUCCAGUUUGCAACCAUGUUGCUAACUUAACAACUGCAGUGAUUCACUUAACAACUGUGGCAAGAAAGAUCGUAAAAUAGGGGAAAAUCUAUUUUACAACUGUCUCACUUAGCAACAGAAAUUUCACCUGUGGUUGUAAUUUGAGGACUACCUGUAUAUCAAAAUAGUAGGAAUAAAAGGAUGCCAAUGCACCUUGAUUUUUUCUCCUUACCUUUCCUUUAUCUCAGGGGUCUGCAAACUUGGCUCUUUUAAGACUUGUGGACUUCAACUCCCAAAGCUCCCAAC